ACUUGCAAACACUGUACACGAAUUCUACAUCCUGCAUAUUUUGUUGAAUUGCAUUCAGAUCGCAGUGAAUAAGUCGAAACAGCAUACGUCAGAUUAUCUACAAUUACAGGUUCAUCAUUGGGGUGCUGCUGGUAUAAACUGUUCAUAAAUUACCGAUCAAAACACUAGUAGUGGCCUUCACGGAGACGAUGUCCAUUGUGACACCACACCAUGAGUUACUCAACCCAGCGCGGGUAAGAGUCGAGUCUCAACUCGACCGCGUCUGGUGAAUCUCUCCUCAUUGCGCCACAUCGUGAGCGACACGUCAACCGACAGCAGCAGCAUCUUAAACAGUUUAAGGUAACCACCGGGCGCUUCCGUGCGCCCCGAGAGAUUGUUGCAGUGCCGUGUUUUCAGAGUAACCAGGCAACUGCCCAGCAACGGUAUUGGGGCGUCAAAGCGCCCUUCACAAUAAGCUCAACACUUUUCACUGACAGAGCUCCCACCCCCUUGGGUAACCCAAGCUCACACGGGACUGCCAUACGUAUAUACACGUGACCCUCGGAACAACACAAAGGCAUAAUGUGUCGACACACGAUGCACGGCUCUCCAUUGGCUGCUGGAGAAUGCGUCACUGUCGGAUGGAACCAGUGCGGUCGCCUAUUUAUAUUUUCAGUGACCCCCGCAUCAUUAUGCGCACACUUUAAGCACAGCAGGACGUGUCAGGCAACAUGCGUUGACAGCACGCGGCACGUGUGUGUGUGUGUGGGGCUCUGAGUUACAUAGCCCGUAUUGAUUUUUUUUGGCGCUUAGGAUUUAAUUGAAAUGAGCAUUAAUAUUUUACACAGCACGUGUUGGGUCCAACAAGUGCUGUGUAAAUAUUCGAAAACAAAUAAUAGCACGGGGUUGUUAAGGACAGAAUAAGGCGUAAAGUUACCAAACAAAUACCCGAACAAUUGGUGUUGAGUACGGUUUUCUGGUUUACUUUGAUGGGCGUUUAAAAUGUCAGGGAAAAUCGCUUAAUGGGAUAAGUCUUACAUAAUAGCUUACGCAAUGGAGCGCGUAACAAUUAAAGUACCCAUUACAGUUUAUAUAUAUAAAACACGUACAUAGUGUAUCAAUUAAGGGAUAAUCAAUCGUAAAGUAGACACAAUUGGCCUAGGCACGUGUAGUCCGACUUGCGUUUGCGUGCGCGCGUGUCCAGGCGGCUUCGCUCUACGGGCAGGUGCGCGGGGCAGGUGGACACACGCAAUGUCGUCGGGUGGUGUCGGUGGCACACAAUCCGCCAGCGUCUGCCUGGCCAGCUUCCUCGUAGCGGUCACCGGGUGGAUCGGCGCGUGCGUGACCUCGGGACUGGCCCAGUGGCGCGUGUCCCAGCAAGAGGAUGGCGCCACAGAGGCGGUGUGGGUGGGCAUCUGGAGGGCCUGCGUUCUCGGACCGACGUCGGCCGUCAGACUCCGCUGCUACCAUUUCCAGCUGGACGCAGCCCCUCCGGAGGUGAUCGCCGGCCAGGUGCUCAUGACGCUGGGGAUGCUGGUCGGCGUCGCGGGCAAGGUGGUGACCACCGCCGGCCUCCGCUUCAUCUUCUUCGGCCACGAGGGCGAGGGAUCGUCGCACGCCUGCGCGCUGGCCGGAGGCGCCCUCUUCUGCGUCGCCUCGCUGGUGACGACGGUGCCCCUCGCCUGGCACGCGUACGCCGUUAACACGCGCCAGGACAUCGCGCUGCCCGCCAACCUCACGAGCCGGGCGCUGCAGCUCGGCUUGCCGCUGGCGGAGGCGCAGGUCCACGGCGCGGCCAUCUACCUGGGGCUCUGCUCGGCGCUGCUCAUGUUCGCCGGGGGAGCCGGCGUGGCCUCGUACUACAGGACGCUGAGGCAGCGGCUGAAGGUCCACCCGUGCUUCAGGGACGGGCGCUCGGCCAGGUCGUCCGUGGCGACGCCUUUCUCCUUCUCGCAGCCGAACAGUCGCCUCCCGUCGCGACCGUGCAGCCCCGGGGGCUCUCCCGUCCACGAGCCCACGGGCACGGCGGCGCAGAGGUCGUCACAGAGGUGCGAUCCGCGCGACAGGCAGGAGGGAGCGUCCUUGCAGAUGUCUCGUCUCUCCGACCAACAGCGGCGUGUGUUCGCCGACAACUCCAGCAACUCGGAGCAGAGGUCCUCCGUGCCAAACCCUGGCCACGCCAGUCAACCGGGGCACAUUUCCUCGCUGAGCCCUGGCGACGAGGGACGGGAGUCUUCCCAAAAUGCAGAGUAUUGCAGCGAGCAGGAGCAGGUGACAUCCCCGGACCGUGCGCCCGAGUGGGUGGGUGUCGGGUAGGGGAGCCCACGCUACUCAAUGUAAACCCAACACGUGCCAGAUUUAGUACCAGUCCUUUUGUUUGUGCAGCUCUGCCGGUGCUGGUGGAGCUGGUGCCGGCAAUAUGAGGAGUUUUUUUUUGUAUAGCCUUGUGAGCCAUUCGGCUCUUGAAUCGGGUGCAACCACAACAAACAAAAAAAACAAAAACACGAACAAGAAAAACAUCUUAAAGUGACUAUAUGACUGUGCAAACAGAAAAUCAAUGAAAAAAACAGCAAAAUAUUCCUGAAAAAAGCACCGUACACCAGGUGGAGCGGUCAGCACAACGCGCUGUGAACCCGGCGAUCUGAGAUCGAUUGCGGGCCACGGCAAACUUAAGCGACGAGUGAUCAUAUCUGAAUCCGUCCUGUGGGUUUUCUGCCUUCACCAAACAUAUACUGUCAAUUGUGGUGAAGUAUGGUCAAACAAUCCGCCAUGACCAACAAGGUGUGGGCAAGCAUUCAUUCAGCAGUAGAAUGACAAAGGGUUAUUCGUUGUUUAUAUGAUUGUCGUUAUACAUGUGAUUUGGGCAUUAUAGCCAAACUGAUAUUUACGUAUUAUUUACUUACAUCUGUAACAAUUUCAUACAACACAUAUUAAACUGGAUAUAUGUUAAUUGUGAUACAUAUUGAAUCUGUGUCCCUACAUAUAGUAUAUAGAAUGUGUUUGUAAAGGUAAAAAAAUAUAUGCAACAUAAAACAAGCAGUAUUCUGAAUUAUUAUAGAUUGUUGGGUUAGGCCAUGUAAUGAUCUUUACCUUCACCGCCCGAGAUCCAAACACAUUCAAUUGCCACGUGAAUCAACGUUCACGGGCCAGUCGUGAUCGUUUUAGCUCACCGUGGGCACGUUCACAAUUCUCACAGCCGUCGCUAAAUUCAGAUUUGAGAAUGUGUCUGUGGGAAUAGAUCAUUGAUAACUGUACUGUACAAACUGUUCUUCAACUUAACGGUGGGUGAGCUCCAACUAUGACAACGUGAGCGUAAAUUUGGCUCUAUCAUUACGCAGACUAACCCAAAACAUAGUUUAUGAAUAACAUAAAAAAUAUAUAUAUUGGUUGUAAUAAUCUACGCGUGAAGUCGGCAAUACCCGCCAUGCAGGGUAUAACAACCUGUGGGUGUAACAACCUACAGGUGUAACAACCUGCAGGUUAUUACACCCUGCAGGUGUAACAACCUCGUGUAAAAUACGGGGUGCACUCUCGUGAUGUACGCGUGAACCCGGCGAUACGCGAGGUAUGUCAGAGAUGUGUGUGUGCACCUCAUUGUAGAAUGCGCUCAGCAUGAAGAGCGAAGAGCUGACGUCAUCUCCCCUGUCGCUCGCUCUCUUCCCUCUUCCCUUGCCGCCCCUCCACCCGUUGCCGCCCCUCCCCGAUGGCCCAGAGGAGUCGUGACCUCCCAGGGUCGUGAUCUCCCAGAGUCGUGAUCUCCCAGAGUCGUGACCUCCCAGAGUCGUCAUCCCCCAGAGUCGUGAUCUCCCAGAGUCGUGAUCUCCCAGAGUCGUGACCUCCCAGAGUCGUCAUCCCCCAGAGUCGUGACCUCCCAGAGUCGUGACCUCCCAGAGUCGUGACCUCCCAGAGUCGUGAUCUCCCAGAGUCGUGACCUCCCAGAGUCGUGAUCUCCCAGUGUCGUGAUCUCCCAGAGUCGUGACCUCCCAGAGUCGUGACCUCCCAGGGUCGUGAUCUCCCAGAGUCGUGAUCUCCCAGAGGAGUCGUGAUCUCCCAGAGUCGUGAUCUCCCAGAGUCGUGACCUCCCAGGGUCGUGACCUCCCAGAGUCGUGACCUCCCAGGGUCGUGAUCUCCCAGAGUCGUGACCUCCCAGAGUCGUGACCUCCCAGAGUCGUGAUCUCCCAGAGUCGUGAUCUCCCAGAGUCGUGACCUCCCAGUGUCGUGAUCUCCCAGCGUCGUGAUCUCCCAGAGUCGUGACCUCCCAGGGUCGUGAUCUCCCAGAGUCGUGACCUCCCAGAGUCGUGACCUCCCAGGGUCGUGAUCUCCCAGAGUCGUGACCUCCCAGAGUCGUGAUCUCCCAGAGUCGUGACCUCCCAGGGUCGUGAUCUCCCAGAGUCGUGAUCUCCCAGAGUCGUGAUCUCCCAGAGUCGUGAUCUCCCAUAGUCGCCCCUCUCAUCGCGGUCACUCAUUCCUCGUCCCCUUCGGGGCCGUCCAUAAAUGACGUCACGCACCUGGGG